GCAUAAGUUUUUUUUUUUUGCAGAAAGCUGUCACGAUAAAUCUUGGUUGGUGGAAAAUCGAUUAGAGCCGUCCGGAGGAGCCAUGGCGUCGCUUUGCUCUGCGAUGUUGCUUCCUUCUCCAUCGCUCGAUGUUUUAGUGUUUCUACCUCCGACGAAGAUUUCCUCUUUUUCUUCGGUUCACGGCUCGCGCUCGCUUGCCUGCUCUUCGUCUCGUAUCCAUGCUUUCCCCUCCGUUCGCUUUUCAAUGCCUCCUCGUCGGUGUCCGAGUCUUCGGAUGGCCAGAAGAGCGAGUAAUCAGCUGCAGGUUGUGGCUAUGGCCCCCGAGGAAGAGAAGCUUACUCGUCGCAAUCCUCUCGAUUUCCCAAUUGAGUGGGAGAGACCUAAACCAGGGAGGAGACCUGAUAUAUUCCCAAAGUUUAGCCCAAUGAAGACACCAUUGCCACCUCCAAUGCCUUAUGAUCCACCAGAAGAAGAUGAAGAAGAGGAAGAGAAGAAAGAAGAGGAAGAAGAAAACCCAGACCAAGAAGAAGAGGAACAACCCGAGAAGCAGAAUUUUUUAUAGUUUGAGAUAAAAGAAAAAAAGAUCUAAGAGCUUUUCUGUUUUGAGUUUUGUAGUGGUUUUUGUUGGAGGAGCAAAAAGAAAAAUCAAUCUUUUCUCACAUUUAGUUGCUAGAUUUAAUAUCUCAUUACUCGUGUUACUAUGUUUUGUGUAAUGUUACAUUUUCGAAAUCCUAUCGUUUACACUAUCAAUCACACGAUAAUGUCUAUAAGUGAAAAUAAGAAAAGGUUACGGGUCAACUGUUUACAUGAAUUGGGAUUAUA